AUGGCCGGCAGCACGAUCCCGUACAUUGGGAGCAAGAUCAGUUUGAUUUCAAACUCGAACAUCCGGUACGAGGGCAUCCUGUACACCAUCAACACGCAGGAGUCCACCAUUGCCCUACAGUCGGUGCGGUCUUUCGGCACCGAGGGCAGAAAGGUGCCGGAGAUCCCUCCCUCUAGUGAAAUCUAUGACUUCAUUAUCUUCCGCGGACAGGACAUCAAGGACCUGACCGUGUUGGAAGGCAGUGGCGCCGGCGGAGCAUCGCCCCAUUUGAACGAUCCAGCCAUCAUGUCCAUGAAGAAGCCGGCCGGUGGCCCUGGACCCUUGGAAGCGCUGGGCAAGGCAGCCAGCAAAGGUUCGUCGUACGGAUACGGCGAAAGCAGUGGAGGAGGUUGGGGUGCACCUGCCAAAGGAGGAAAAGCGCGACCAGCUGCUGAUAGCACCUGGUACGGUGGCAGUGUGCAGCAGGGCUGGGGCAAAGGUGAUAAAGGUGCCGGCACAGGAAAGGGGUGGGGGGACAGCUACCAAAAGGGUUACGAGAAGAGCUACGAUAAGGGCUACGAGAAAGGCUACGGCUACGACAAAGGUUAUGGCAAAAGCCAAGACAAAGGCAAAGGCAAAGCUUCGAAAGGCUACGAGGAGAAAGGCUCCAAAGGUAAAGGUGGCAAAGACACAGAUAAGGGCAAAGGUGGAAAGGCCCUCGAGACUGGCAAGGGGAAGAAGGGAGCCACUGAAGGCAAAGGCAAGGCUGGAAAGGACGCCGGGCCCAAGGGAGGAAGCAAAGGCGAUGCCAAGGGCAAAGGAAAAGACACCAAGGGCAAGGCCCCAAAGGGCGAGGGCAAGGCUGGCAAAGGAGAGAAGGGUGGCAAGGGUAAGGGCGGCGGUGGCAGCAAGGGCGGCAAUCGACGCGAUGGGGCUGCCAUUGGAGAGCUUCUCCCCGAGGCCAACGAGGAGGUUAAGAAGGAAUUCGAGAAGGAGUUUGAUGUCACGGCCGCGAACUCCAAGUUCGACAAGGAAGCUGUAGCCAAAGAGGGUGAAGAAGGCGAUUCUCUGAAGCCACUGCCGGGCUACGACAAGACCAAGUCCUUCUUCGACUCUAUCUCCUGCGAGGCCACAGAGCGUUCGGGAGCUGCAGACCGGCCCAAGGCUGAUGUGGCCAAGAUGCGCAGCAUGGACAGGGAGACCUUUGGUGAUGCCCGCCGACCUCCACGCCCUGGCGGCAUGCGGAGGCUCGGUGCAGCGGUCAUUUGCAUGUCUCGGACGGAGCGCACAACCAGCACUGCCAUGCAAUGCAGGGAUGCAGAUGCAAUGGAUCUCGAUGCCAUCGGGAAGCGAGUCGGAUGCCCACCUGCUGCAUCUCGCAGCGCAAGCAUGGCGACGCAGUGCAUGAUUACAGACAAUUAUUGGAGAGCUCUGCUCCACGAAUUCAACGAAGUCGGCAGAUUGAAGCAGUUGCCGGGAUCCACGAAUGCAGCAACAGAAAACAUCCGUUCUGAUCUGUGUGCAGUGCCGAAGCGCAGUGGCCAAGCGGCAAUUGGGUGCAUGAUGGCCGCGGCCGCCGUGGUUCAGCUGAUGGCUGUGGACAGUCUCGACUCUGAGAAGGCAGGAGAGCCCGACGUAACCUCAGAGGAUGUGAGGGAAGCAGAGGAAACAGAAGAGCAGCUCAAGGCAACCCUGGAUGGUGCAUGGCAGCAGCUGGAGGGGACAGCUCGCGUGCCCAGCCAUCCACGCUUCCUGGCGUGGAAUGGCUUCGGUCACGUAGCAAGCUAUCCGGAUCUUCUCCGCCUCGAGGUGUGCCGGUCGGGGGAUGAGAAGCCGGUGGGCCUUCAAGACUACGAUGGCGUUCAGAUGGCCGCAAUGUCGGAAGGUGCCUUGUGCCUAGCUGCACGAAGCACUGCAGCAGGGGGGUCUCGCGUGUUGAUACGCCCGACGCAUCGCUGGGAGAAGGCGCUCUUCUCCGCACCGAUCUCUCACGAGAACCCCGAAGCCCUUGCCUGUGGCGAGGAUUUCGUGGCGGUCAUCACUUCAUCACGAUUGCUCCGACUGUUCAGCUUCAGUGGUCUUCCGUUGGGCAUGCGCAGCUUGCCAGGCCCCGGCGUCGCCCUCGCAGCGCGAGGCAGGAUGCUGCUGGUGGUCACCCGACCACCCGGAACAGACGAGGACGAAGAACUGGAUUUCCGACUGCUGGACGUGAAAGCCAGGAUGGAGAGGGCAGGUGGACUUUUGCCUCUAAGCGAAGGGGCUCGCCUGCGCUGGAUCGGAAUCUCCACGGAUUUCGUCCCUUUGACGCUUGACACUUCCGGGGUGCUGCGCGCGCUUCUCGGGAUUGGUGCUGGCUCCUGGGGUGGAAAUGGACUGAAUGCGGAGUGGACGCCGGUCCUGUCCUUGGCAGACGAGGUGCCGCUGUGGGUGGUCGAUGCGCCAGCUUGCAGCCUUUGUGUAGUGGAGCUCUUGGAGAACAGGGAGCCUUGGCCCAGACCUCAACAGGCUGAUGGUGAAGACGAAAAGCCCUGUCUGAUGCCCUUCUUCGGCGUGGGAGGAACCGUCACUCCGCGCCGACUGCCUUGGCGGAUGACUAUGGGAUCCUUCCCUGCCGCCGGCGAGCAAAUCGAGGCCGCAUUCCGCGAGCAGCUGCUUCUCAGGCACUUCCAGGACAUGCUUAAGAUGGAUAUGCUCAGCGAGCAGCAGCAACAGGAGGCUGAUGCCUUGGAGAAGAGAUGCAAGAGUCGGGUGCUGAAGCUGUUUACGCAGCUCGCCAAAUCCGACGAAGUGGAGCGAGCUCAUCAUGUCGCAGGGAAAUACCUCGCGAAGAUGGAAGGCACCUCGAAGGUCCUGGAGAUGGCUCGCACUCUUGCCGAGAAGGCCAAGCAACACAAGCUUGCAGAUGAGAUUGCGGCUUUGCUACGACCUGCAGCGUCAGUGCCGAGGGUUGAGCUUCCUCCGCUUUUCAAGCCCGGAGAGUUCGAAGACACAGGCCAGCAAGGGGCUGAGAGGUCGGAGCAAACGCCUACAGGCAGCCGAAGUCCGGAAAGACUGCAGACAGGAGCUGGAGAGGGCGAGGUGCUUCGCACUUCGGCCGCCAUGUCAACAUCCCACCGUGCCGCCGCAUCCAGCGCGUCCAGCGCACCUAGCGCACCAAGUGCACCCAGCAAUCCCUUUGCACGAAAGCGACCAGGAACGGUCGCGGGUGGCCGCCAGCCCGCUACUCCAAUGGCGAGUGGGGGCAAUGCAAGCUCAAAGGCUGCCCGCUUGACGUGA